GUGUAAGUCAAUCCGCCAUGUUGUCUCAUUUCUUUAUCUUGUCGUCUCGUGGAGAUACACUUAUAUUUCGCGACUGUAUCCUUUUAAAAGUAGUUCCAUAGUAAUAUUUAUUGUGCUGGAAGCCUGGCAUGUAAUUAUAACGCUUGAAAUGGUAGUUAAUAAUAUGAUUUCCGUGUUCAGUGGCAGUCAAUGUAAUUGGCACCAAAUUCACAUCUGAUUUCAUCUUUCCCACAACUGUUAUCCAUGUAUUUCUUGCGGUAGCAAUAUAACGAGCUGGCGUAUAUGUGAGAAGUUGUAGUCGGGUGCUACUCAUCCAACUUUUAUUGUAAGCUUUCACUGAUGCCUUUGCUAUGUAAGGUUAAUCAUAUUCCAAUUCGAAGUAGACAGACUGCACAUUAUAGUCGUUCCAUCAUAUUUUAUUUAUUUAUUUAUUUAUAUCCAUUUUUAUUUGAAUUGCAUUUAUUGGUACAUCACAAUUAUCCUUAAGUUAUUUUGCAGACAGAGGAGAUGGUGUAAAAGGGACACCAGAGAUAUUUUUCCAAAAAAUCAAAACUGCCAGCAACAAUAGUUUGCCUCCUAUUUUUGUAAGUAGAAUAAUUAUUAUAAAAAGCCUUGUAGCAAGGAACACUGUUAUGUUGAUAUUUUAGUAGCCUUGUAAUAACUGGGUACAAAGGAGAUGGCUGAAUAAUGUAAGUAUGAAAUAACAAAAAAGCAGAAAAGGCAACUAAAUUUCAUUAUAACAUGAGUUGCCGGCAUGAAAUUAGAAAAGGAAGAAGGUGAGCCUAGCUGUUUAAAAAAACAAGCGUGGGUUUAUUCAUAUUUUAUAUUGUUAUUUCCAGUUGAUUUUAAAGUGGUUCAGUCAGGGGAGUCAGUUGGAAUCAUUGUCAAAGCCCCCCUGUGAAAUAGAGAGCAAAGUUUGUACCCUUAAUUCAAGAAAUUAUUUGUACAGUAUUUGAUUUCAUCCGAUGGCAAUAUACUAAUACAUAGUUAGGGUUUGGUUUGUCAUUUACCUGGGCAAUGAUAUUGCAUAUUGGCGUGUCAAUGCUGUAGCUCUGUGUUAUCAUUUCGUGGAAGAUGGGGAGUGACUUGCAGGUUACCUGGCCUACCCCUUGCUGUUGCAGUUUGCCAUUUAUUUUUCCAGCAGACAAUAACGUCAAUGUAUAUGUAUACAGCUAAGUGUGGUUGUCUAAUCUUAUUCUAUUGCUUUUGACUGUUGAUUGACAUGAAGGAUAAUGUCAGUGAGAAGAGAAUUCUUGAAUAAAUGGCCAAGGUUGUGUUAACUCUCUGUAUGAAUUGUGUGUCUAUUCCAGAAUGUCGAUGGGGUCAAUUUUAUCUUUAUUAAAAGAAAUGGCCUGUAUUUUGUCUGCAUUACAAAGUUCAAUAUCUCACCAGCUUUUGCAGUUGAAGUUCUUACCAGGUAAUAAAUAAAUAAAUAAAUAAAUAAUAUUUUGCUCCUGCAUAAAUGAAACCAUGCUUUUCUCCAUUGUGUAAACAUGGCAUAUUGCUUUGCUUCCUGAAGAUAUUCACUAAAAAAACAAACUAGGUGAUCAAAUAAUGAAAGAAUAAUUAUUGAACUCAGUUAUUGAAAAAAUAAUAAUAAUGAUUUGUCAAUGUCUCACAGAUCAAAUUAUUAUUUGCCUCAGCCUGAUCUGCUCGCCACUGACAAAUCACAAUAUGUUGCUCAACCUUGUCCAAUAAUUGUUAAGCAUUAAUCUGAUUUCUGUUCAUAUUCUUUUGUUAACCAUUGGUUAUGUAAUCUUCAGGUGUUAGGCAAUUUAGCAUAAUUUGAUCCACUAUCACCAUUCCAAGGUCCCGAUUUCUCAGGCUGUUUUAAAUGUUCGUUCUAAUGUUUUAGUUAUAUAAUUAGAAAUGCCAAUCAUAACUGUGGUAGUAAACACCUUAACCGUCACACCCAUGCAUAUCCAUGGCCCUAAUGUACCACUUGUGAUGUCAUCAGGCCCACUCUCAGAGUCAUAAGCAACUGGCACCUUGCCUGUACCUUAACAAGUCCAGGGAAAAACCUCUCACACUAUAUACACAAGUAAACAUGAUUUAGCCUUAAGGUCUGGAAAACAAUGCAAAAAAGGAUAAAGAAAAGGAAAAAAAUUAAUAAGCUGACCUGAAAAUUUCAACAUAAAUACAGUUCCAUACCCACCUGCAUAUCCUCUAAAAAGGCAAUCUUAAUUUUAUCCUAAUAAAAAUUUUGCUUGAGACUGAAAUAAGGCCUUACAUGUACUUUUGUGCCCUUGAAAAGAAAAGGAAAGUGCAAGAAAAUCAAAAGAAACAGGGAGGAGGGAAAGUAAAAUUCAUGUAAUAUCAAUGGUUUUGUUAAUUGGUAGCCUGAGUGAUCAGCAGUUUUUUCGCUAGAGUUUCAGAUUUGUGUAAAGAUUAUUGUGGUGUUCUGAAUGAGGAGUCAAUCAAGUCUAAUUUUCCUCUUAUUUAUGAGUUACUGGAUGAAGUACUGGUGAGUUUUGUUUAUUUUUUUUUUCAGUAAAACAAUUAAGUAAGAUAGUGUACAUUCCAGUGUAACCCCCUUUAAACCAUUCCAGAUGUAUAAGCUCUACAGAAAAGAGUAGAUUUAAACUCUUUUGGUCAAAAAUUAUGUACAGAUUUGGGCUGAAAUAUCUUCUUUUUUUUUUUGCUGUCUGAAGCCCUGGUCUGGAACUUUUCAUUUAGAAGUAUUAGUUUUUUAUUUUAUAAUAAUAAUAUAUAUAUAUUUUUGCUUCUUAAUAAGAAGAGUCGUUUAAGGCCUGAAAUAGUUGGGUAGGGUUUUACAGUGCUUUGAAGCUACGUUUUUUUCAAAGUUGCAUUUUGACAACCUUAAAUAAUGUAAAAAUGAUUCCCAGACACACAUGUAUUAUAUUGGUUGCCAGAAAAAGACAUUGGGUGAUAAUUACAUUAUGUCAUGAAGAGUUAAACAAGUAGGUAAUCAAUUGGUUGCCCAACUACUGCAAUCAAAUUUGAGGAACAAACAAGAUGUCAAGACUUAACAACUAAACAGCCAGGGUGGAAAAGGAAAUUUGUUACAAAUAAAAUGGAGCACAAAUAAUAUCUCAUAUGUUUCAUGAUCUUAGUGUUACUUUAAUUUAGAAAGACCAUGAUCUAAUAAUGAUCUAAUACAGUUCGGCACAUGACAUACACUGUAAAAUUGAAUACUGCCACACAGGCCUCACCAAAUUGGUAUCUUUCUCUGCAAUUUUAGUCGCAGAAACUUUCUUUACUCAGCAAUUGGCAACCAAAAUAGUAAACUGCUUGGAGCAAUGAAAAAGAUUUUCAUACAGUCAGCAUACCACAUGCCCUCAGGUCAAGGUCAAACUUCAGCUGUAAUACAUGCAGUGCAGUACAUGAAAUGAUGUAUAAAACAAUAUGCUAACUAUAUAAUUUUUAAUUUAUUGUAUAUCAAUCUUAUAUUCCUUUUCACAGGACUUUGGCUAUGUGCAGGUCACAUCAACUGAAAGCCUUAAAGCAUAUAUUUGCAACCAGCCAGUGGCCACAGCAUCGGAAGAUAAUAUACGGCAAUGCACUGGAGGAACUGUGGUGUGUGUGAUAUGUCAUCUAUUUUAAAUGUAACUUCCUUUGCAAAAGAAAAUAGUUAAACUCAAAGUGAACAAAGGAUUGGGAUAAAAUUGAGGCACAAUAUGUUUAUUGAAAUUUUGAUAAACAUGUACAUGUAUUUAAGUUUACUUAAACCAUCUCUGAUUGUUUGCAUCUAAAUUAAGAAUGUAUAGAAAUCACUCUAAAAUUGAUUGUCAAGCAAUUAGAUGUACUGAUUUUGUAUUGUGCUGUAUCAUCUGUAACCCUAUCUGACACAUUUGAUUCAAGUGUUUGAAGCGUACCCUUGAGUCAUAUCUGUAGGAUAAUUAUUUUCAACAAUGAUAUUGUUUCCUGAAUUCUUUUGCCAAUGAAAGUUAAUUGAAACCAUCAAAUCCAUCCUCAGUGGAAUGUAAGACGUAUGUUUAUUUGUUAUUUUUUUAUUAUUAUUAUUAUUUUUUUUUUAACAGGGUUGCUAUUUUAAUUUGCAAUAAACUUCAAUUUCCCUUUAUUCCUUUAAAAUCCUAAGAAAUUCAAUGAGUGCUAUCCAAACAUUCUGUGAAAAAGUUUUCUAUUGGAUUUCAACCAUUUAUUGAUUUUUAUAAACUGUACAUAUGUAAGAGUGUCAGCUAGUACAAUGUAUAAUCUGCCUUAACAUCUCCUCUAGUGAUCAAGUGAAAGGGCAUAUAUUUUUUCUCUGUUCUUAGUUUGGUGUAGAAAAGAUGUCCUUGCCCAGCACUGCUGCUAACAAACCUGUUGUUUUAGGAAAGGUUGGUAUUAAUUUUGUUUAUUUGAAUAUUGUGAGCUAUUUUGCAGUUUUAGCUCUCUACAAGAGUAGCCUGGGACCAGGCUCCGCGAAAACGGGGUGAGCGAAACAAAUUAAACUGAACAGUGGAUUGGGGAGGGGAAAAGGGUAGUGGAACCCUCACCAGACUACCACUUAGGGAGCCCUCUCCAAUUUUUCUCUUUAACCUCCUCCACGCUCCCUACUGCAGAGUCAGUCCCAGUCUAUACCAAAGUGACGUAUAUACUCUUUUGCUCCAAGAUUGGUUUUGAAUACCCUGGGUACCAGAGACUUUUUAUACUCUACAUUUUCCAGUUUCAUCAAGUCUUUAUAGUGACCUAUAUGAAAAGCUUCACCACUCAUGGUUUUGUCCUGUGGGCAAGACCAAGGUAACCCACCACAAAAAAACCUCUGGUAUCCAGCUUUAAAUUAAAAAGACCUUAAAGGAAUAAUAGAAAAUUAUAGACAACUUUCUCAGAAUAAAUUUAAUGAUUAUUAGCACUUUCUUUUGAAUUAGUGUCCUUGUUCAAACAAUGCUAAUAUGUACAGCCACCAACUUAGUUCAGUUCUGAAGAGCACUGGUCAGCCUAGUGGGAGGUCAUGUUUAAACCUGGUUGGACUGCUAUAGCAAUGAAGAUCCUGCUAGCUGUGUUUAAAAACCUGUUCAGUUCAUAUAAUUUCAGUAUUUAACAGCAUCAGUAAGCUACAGGCCUUGUCUCCUUCAUCCUUAUAUAUACAUCAAUUUAGAAGAAGACAUAAAUGAUCCUUGACAUUGUUCAAAAAGGGUAGGGGAUAUAGACCCUAAUGACUUCAUACAUGUAGUCAAUCUGACUUUCAUGGGGGUGGGCAAGAUCUGUACAGAUCUGUGAGAUCUGAUCAGAUCUGUACAGAUCUCACAGAUCUCUACAUUGUACAAAUCUCAGCAAUAUGUACUGAAGCAAUAUGCUCAUGUUUUAGAUCAAAAUGGUUUCAACCUAGGUUGAUUCUUAUUUUUUUAGUUUCUUUGUUUCCAAACCAUAAUUAUCCAUAAUCAUGACUGAUUACGAAGGGCAAGGAGACAAAGGAAAUUGAAAAUCAACUACUUGUAGGCUAAAACCAUUGUAACCUUCAUUUCAUUUUGACCUGCAACACUUACAUCCGAUCUCAUCCCUGUUUCCUUCGUGAUUCAGUCGCUGGCUACAGUGGGCCCUUUCUUUUACACAACGUUUAGGUCCCCCCCCCCCCAAAAAAAAAAGGAAGAAGCAUUUCCUACCCCUCACGUUUUUAAUGAGAAAUGGUAUCACUAGGGAAGCUUCUUAAUUUCUCUCUGAUUUGUUAAACAUAACGUGUGCUGUCUUCAACAGAAAAGAUCCUUUUCUUGUCUCUUAGAGAAGUUCUUGUUCAUUUACAAGUGUAUGAACAUUGCCUGCCAAAAUAAGUUUAUUUUAGUACUAAAGAAAAUUUAAUAACUUUCCUAUUGACUGAAGUGCUGCCCUUUCUAAGCACCCCUCCGUUGACUGUAAAUUUAAAGAUCGGUCAGGCUAGCUAGUUUAGGAAAUAUAGUGUGUAAAAUUGACAUUCCUUCUGGUUCCAUUUAGAGAGGAAACAAAAGUGAGGUGUUUAUGGAUUUACUGGAGAGACUUACAGUGUUGAUUAGUUCAGAUGUAAGUGAUGUAUUUACGUAUAAGUGGGGUGCGCUCAUUACAACAGAUACUGUAUUUUCAUUUGAAGGGACGUGCCACGGAAGUUGAGUAAGUAUAGUCGAACCUCUACACCACAACGGACACCUUGGGUACAGAAAAAAGUGGACAUUGUGGAGAGGUGGCCGUUAUGGGGAGGUAGGGGUGUUUACACCUGUAUAUAACAAUUUGUUUUAGGGAGUACAACAUGUUUUUUGUGCAAAGUUCAUGCUUACUGUGUCCCAUGGUAAUCCAGUCAUACAGUAUGAUUAUGGGACACAGUAAGCAAUUUAUACUGCUGCAUUAAGCAAAAAUUGCUACUAUACUUAUAGCGAAUGUUGCGAACUAUGCUCGCGUUUUGUCACGUUUUAAUAUUUUGAUUCAAGACAUAAUUUAAGCUUUUUGUGUAUUUUAUCUCUAUACGAGCAUAGUUCGCAACAUUCGCUAUAAGUAUUGUAGCAAUUUUGCUUAGUGCAGCAGUAUAAAUGAAACAAAAAUCAAAAUACGAUAGCCCCGAUUGAUAAUAAACGUGCCAAUUCGUGACCAUUCUGGACUUUUUCAUCAGUCGCGAAAAAAAACUGGCCGUUUUCGAGAGGUUAUUUUGGCAGUUGGGGACACGCGUUAGUGGCCGUUACCGUUGUAGAGAGGUGGCCAUUUGUGGAGGUUCGACUGUAUUUAGAUUUGAUUCUACUACCUACCCACACUUUCUUUCAAAAAGUUCAAGACCCUCGCGAAGUUGGUAACCUUUCCAACGAAAAUGAAAUCUAGUAAAUGCCCAGCCAGAAGCGAUAAUUCGGCCAAAAAUGAAAAGCCUCUAACUACUUUUGUCCCAACCUUUGGAAGCUGUAAUUUUUUUAUUAUCAGGGACACGACGUAGCGUAGUGCUCGACUUCGAAGUAAGGUUUUACAGCUCAAAUAACUUCAAACGGCGUCUUUUCAAAAACACUUUCAGAGGGGGAAUAAAUUAAUUUUGUCCAUAUGUACCUUCUUUUGGAUUUGCUGUCUGCAGAGUUUCCUCACCUCUGUUUUAAAGCUUUUUUUUGGCAGUUACCUCUACAACCCCGGACAAAAGAUUUGGAACACUUAGUCGACUUCCCCCUCCCCUUCACAAAGUCGAAAAUCGCUCAAGCUUUCCAAAACUGCGCUUGUUGACAACACUGCACGUGGACGAGGGGACUGUACUGAGCAUGCCCAAAAAUCGGAAGUGUUCCAAGUUUUUUUUUACUGGGGCUGUAGCUCAUUUCCGUUUGUUCUACUUAAUUUUUCUGUAUCACUUGAGGACGAAUUUUAAAGACGGCUUUGAAAACUAAAACAAGCUUCAAUGUGUAAUUCACUGUUAACAUUAGCAGGGUAUGUCCAGUAAUACGGAAAAGAAAAGGGAGAGAGACCUUUAUCUUAACUUUUGUUUCCAGGGAAACGUUUUAAGAAGUGAAGUAGACGGUUGCAUUCAAAUGAAGAGUUUUGUUGUUGGAAAUCCUGAAAUCCGGAUUGGACUGACUGAUGAUUUCUUCGUCGACAAAUCCAGCCUUACGUCUCAAGGUAAGUAGACAAUCUUACUGAUAUGUUGCUAGCUGAACUUUUUCUGAAGACUAAACUUUUUGCUUCAGCAGACGACUAAAGAAAGAAUGAAGGUUAAAGGCGAUAAAGUCAGUUUCCAUUCAUUUUAAUUCGGCAAAUGGCAAGGUUGAUUUUCAAGGAUAGACGCGCACAGAUUAGCGAAAUGUCACCGAAGACUCAUUGCCCAAUUGCAGGAGAUUUUGAACUAUUAAAACCAGUUAGCUUUACGUUUAGGAGCAAAUUUCUACUAAGUGUAGAUUAAGGGUGACCUUGAAACUAGAAACGACAAGGAAACCGGCAUCUGUUUACUCUCCAUUAGGCUGUUUAGAGCUCCAUUUUUUCCAUAAGAUCAGUGUGAUGCAGCUCUUGCUGUAACGGGCGGCCACCUUGAUUUCAAAUUUUGGUCGGAUUCCGGGACUGGAGAUGAACCACAUUUUCCGGAAGGUUGCCUCCUAGACCAUCUUUUUUAGUUUCGGCCGAACUUUGCGGAAAUUUUAGCUUAAUGGAAAGCACUUUCAUUUCCAACCUGCCUGAUAGCUACACCGUGACAACUGUCAUGUCUAGACUCAAGUCGAGAUAUAAAUUGUUACUAGAGGCUAUUAGAUGAUAGCUACGCACGUUUGCAAAGUGUAUGGAGAGCACCAAUUCUUAUUCUUUGCUUUGUAGACAGUGUUGCUGUAAGGCUUGACAAUUGUAUAUUCCAUGAGUCUGUCGACUUGUCCAACUUUGAAACAACCAGAAUACUUGUCGUAAAGCCACCAGAAGGCGAGGUAAGACGCUCUUUCUCAUUUGAAGCUGAAGGCUGCGCAUUCUUGAAACAACACCGCCACUAAGUUAUAACCGUGGGUACCAGAGGUUUGUGUCUCGCGUGCGGUGGGAUGUUUGGGUGUCGGCCGCAGGCCGCGAGCGGCGGGAAGAAGUCUCUGGUACCAAGGGUACUGAGCUGAUCUCCAUAACUGCGAAAUUACCACCCUGGAGUCUCCUUUGAGUAAGCUCCAACUUUGGUGUAGAUUCAGGCCAAGUCCUUAGGUAUCUUUUCUCUGCUUUCAAAACAAUUAUCGUCAACUCGUUUAUGUCCGUCGGAAAACGGUUAGUAAACGGUUAGUAAAAGCCGGAUUGGAUUCUUGAAUUCUCCUUGUACUCCUUCGAAAUCACUGCUGGUGUCCAAUACUAAGUUAUCUAGCCCUCGCCAGAACUAUCGUGUCCUCUAGUUGUCUGACGUAAAAGCGAUCAGCAUGGUAAAAGUGAUCGUUAAUUUGUCUAGCUCUGAAAUAAGUCGCACCCAAAAACGUCUAUGAAUGGCAUGUUUUAUUCCUCCUGUUUUAACAGUUUAUCGUCAUGAAGUACAGACUUUCCGAAGCACCACAGUCAAGCCUUCCAUUCACCCUGAUUGCUUUUGUCGAUGAAGAUGAAGAUUCCAAGUAAGUCCAUGUGUAAAUUACACCGACUAUGUAAAACCGCAAUAAAAAUUAUUUUGUCACUCUUGUCCUUUCUUAAUGCCAGAGUCCCCGCGAUCACAUUGAAUAGGCAGCCUUUGAUACUGGGGUAAUCAAAAGGCUUCUACAUGCUAACAGGUAAUGAAUAUUUGCUUUUAGGGUUCUUGAAGUUGUGCUCAAACUUAGAUGUAACGUGCCUACAUCCAGGUAAUGCAACGAAAUAAAACAACAUAUGGAUAACUGUAGAGUGGUUGACGUGGCCUCUGUGGCAGACUUUACAAAAUUUUAGCUCCAAGAGCAAUUCAAAAAGGUUCUUUUUUGUGUUUUCAUUUCNGAGCGGCGGGAAGAAGUCUCUGGUACCAAGGGUACUGAGCUGAUCUCCAUAACUGCGAAAUUACCACCCUGGAGUCUCCUUUGAGUAAGCUCCAACUUUGGUGUAGAUUCAGGCCAAGUCCUUAGGUAUCUUUUCUCUGCUUUCAAAACAAUUAUCGUCAACUCGUUUAUGUCCGUCGGAAAACGGUUAGUAAACGGUUAGUAAAAGCCGGAUUGGAUUCUUGAAUUCUCCUUGUACUCCUUCGAAAUCACUGCUGGUGUCCAAUACUAAGUUAUCUAGCCCUCGCCAGAACUAUCGUGUCCUCUAGUUGUCUGACGUAAAAGCGAUCAGCAUGGUAAAAGUGAUCGUUAAUUUGUCUAGCUCUGAAAUAAGUCGCACCCAAAAACGUCUAUGAAUGGCAUGUUUUAUUCCUCCUGUUUUAACAGUUUAUCGUCAUGAAGUACAGACUUUCCGAAGCACCACAGUCAAGCCUUCCAUUCACCCUGAUUGCUUUUGUCGAUGAAGAUGAAGAUUCCAAGUAAGUCCAUGUGUAAAUUACACCGACUAUGUAAAACCGCAAUAAAAAUUAUUUUGUCACUCUUGUCCUUUCUUAAUGCCAGAGUCCCCGCGAUCACAUUGAAUAGGCAGCCUUUGAUACUGGGGUAAUCAAAAGGCUUCUACAUGCUAACAGGUAAUGAAUAUUUGCUUUUAGGGUUCUUGAAGUUGUGCUCAAACUUAGAUGUAACGUGCCUACAUCCAGGUAAUGCAACGAAAUAAAACAACAUAUGGAUAACUGUAGAGUGGUUGACGUGGCCUCUGUGGCAGACUUUACAAAAUUUUAGCUCCAAGAGCAAUUCAAAAAGGUUCUUUUUUGUGUUUUCAUUUCCUGUCUCUUCUAGCUGUGCUAAUAACAUAGUCAUGAAGUUACCAGUGCCAAAAUCGGCCGUUAGUGUGUCCCAUAAGGUAACAUCCGGGACUCGAACAGCAGAGUUCAAGUCAUCUGAGAAGGCCUGGUACUGGAACAUAGCAAAGCUACAGGGUGGCUCAGAGAUUUCUGCUUCUGUCAAGGUAAAUCAGUAACAAUAAGAAAUGGUUUGUAACGCUGCGCGACUUCGGUGCGCAGUGUUGAGAUCCGUAAAAGAGGGUAGCAAACGCAGUUACAGCAACAAACCAGACGGGAAAACUGAUUAAUCAAGUUUCUUCUCUCUUUUAGGUCCAUAUGGGUGAAAAACGAAAAUCUGCUAGAAAGGAGAUUGGUCCCGUAAGGUAAGUUUUGAAGAGCGAUUAAUUCCUCUUAUUUUUAAGUACUUUGUACAGCGUAAUGAACAUGCAGCACCAUAGGAAAGUAGUAGUCUUAAGCAUUCAUUUGAAUAUUUACGCUUUAGGAUUUCUGUUCAGCUUUUGAAAGCUGCUAGCAGACGAAGUUUUAAUUUGGAGAUUUUGAGUCCAAAUCUCUCGUUUGGAGAGUAGAGAGCACGUGACGUCGUAGUCAUGUACGAUAAGUUCUAUGAUAUGAAGUCCCACUUUGUAAAUCACCUUUAAAUAGCUUCUAACCGUAUUCUUAUUUCUUUCGUGCUGUAUUUCUUGUAGGGUAAAUGAAGUUACCAAUUAAAUACAUUCUCGUUAUUACUGUUCUGCCGUUCAUAAAUACACUCAUAUAGUGUUCUUUACUUUUCGUAAUUAUUUUAGUUUGGAAUUUGAAAUACCGAUGUAUAUCUGCUCUGGACUACAAAUUCGAUACCUGCGAGUACAGGAUCGCGAUAAAGCCUACAGUCCCUUCCGCUGGGUCCGGUACAUUACUCACAGGUGAAAUUUCAAAUUUAUUUUAUAACCUUAAUCCAAUGUGCCACGUUCUAAGUGUUAAUCAAAAAUGUAAUGUUGUAAUGGUCUGUACCUGGUUUUUCAAGGGAAACGAAAUUAGAUUUCAGAUGGGGUGAAAGGACUCCAACUUGGCCCGAAAAGAUGAAUAAUGCUUUCCAGUUUUCGAGGUACAUGUAAAUGUUUCUAAAGCGAGGUGAUCUCAACAAAAUUCGCUCUUAAGCGCUUUCGUAAACAAUAGCGUGAUGGUAAAAAAUCGAAUGGACAGACGUUUAAAUUGCUUCCUCACUUGAGAAGAGAAGUAGUACUUUUCUGUCAACUCGCCAAGUUAAAAAGAUUUCUUGUAUCGUUCACCGCAAGUUCAGACAAUGGUAGCUCUGUUUGCCAAAGAAAAGGCGUUCUUUUCAUGUUGCCUCCUGCGCGCAAUAAAAGGACUGUUUUGUUAACAUACACUUCUAGUGGACAAAAGACAUAGGAAAUAAGCGCGGAAAGAAUUGUUGACGGCGCCACGGGCGGGAAUUUUCAGGGGUGCCAAGCCCGGGAAAAAUGUUUGUUGUGAGCGGUGCCCUGCGCUGGGCGGAAAAUGAUGAGCGUUACAGAUUGCCGUUCACUUUUUUUUAGUGAUUCCUACGUAAUUCGGAUUUAGCAGAGGACCGUGAUUAUGUGUCACAGAUGAUUUAACAAGGCCGCGACUAUGGGUCAGAGAUUGUCUCGAGCAAGUUAAACAACUGAUGCCCGCAACUGAGUUAUUAAAGUGCGUUACCAGUACGAGUUGUUUCUACGUCCGUCUGGAGCCUCCUAUGGUAACCAUGUGAAAGGAUUCACGUUUUCCGCGCCUCUCAACAAGUGAAGUGACCCAAAGGAAUAAUUACCAGUAGAUGCAAUUGCUUUCAAGUUCAUUCGCCACUGACAACGGAUCGGCGACUUCACCAGACGUAGCACACACAUUUUCUACUGUUGACUCCGAUGUGGUUUUAUAUAUUGAUUUUGUGGAUGAAAUCCGACAGUGUGACCAUUCAUGUCAAAGGAAUGCUAUUUAGCAGUUCUUUCGCUUUCACGAUUUUGGCGUAUUUAGACUCCGCAUGAAUCGAAUAAGAGCUUUGUUGAGCAUGCGUUACAUGUUGUUAGUAUACAGUUUCGAACCCAGGCCCUAAUAGUUUGGCGCUUGGUACAGCAGGGUUCAGUUAUGACCAUCGGUUUAUCAAUAAACAGAAGCUCGCACCCGAAAAACCACUUUGACCAGAGAAAGUAAGAUUGACUAGUCCAGAAGGGCGGGCUGCGGCGACUUCAAAAGCUUGACGAGAUUCUGGAAAAGCCCCCUUUUCUCCUCCCGCUUUAAGAAAACUGAGGACAAAAGGAGGGUCUACUCUCAGGGUGUGGCCGUAUGAAAAGAACACCACAGUAUAUGAAUAACAGCGUAAAAAGGCUUUGUCUAUUUUUUCCAAUAAUAGUUAGUGAAGAAAUCUUAAUCACAGAUUUAUCCUUGAUUUUACAUAUAUAUAUAUAAAUAUUUUCACAUGUAUGUCAUAUUUAGAAAGAGCUCUGAUAAAUGUAUACAUAAAAAUGCACAGCUUUUAUGUUAACCAGCUCAAGCUGACAAAACUACGUUCCGUGGUUAAAUAAAAGAAGAAACGUUACUGUCA